AUGAUUCAUGAAAGUAAGUUAAGUGAAUAUGUUGUUAAAAAUAAGUCAAGUGAAUAUGUUGAAAAUGAGUUAAAUGAAUAUGAUAAAAGUGAUUCAAGCAAAUAUAAUAAAAGUAAGUCAAGUGAAUGUUUUGUUAAAAGUGAGUCAAGUGAUUAUGUUGUUGAAGUAAGUCAAAUGAAUAUAUUAUUGAAAAUGAAUAAUUUUGUUGAAGUGAAUCAAGUGAAUAAUUUUGUUGAAGUGAAUCAAGUGAAUAAUUUUGUUGAAGUGAAUCAAGUGAAUAUUUUUGUUGAAGUGAAUCAAGUGAAUAUUUUUGUUGAAGUGAAUUAUUCAAAUAUAUGA